AUAUUGAAAUAUCAACUAUUAAAAUGUGUGAAGUGGCGGAUAUCCCCUUCCAUAUCUAUGUACAGUAUAACGACUUAUUCACAAAUUACUACGUCAGUUAUGGGAAUGCAAUUUUGUGCUGACAUGAACAAUCGAUUAAUUGGGUUUGUGUCUGUCCUUGUUGUUAUAUCUAUUGUGACUGCCAUGGUUUACUUAAGUUUUGAUGAUCGACAUGUCUACCUAACUGUACGAUUUAACGACGAUGAACGGAACUAUGCUGCAGCAAUUGAAUACAACAGGAAGUUACUUGACGAAUAUAAUAUGAAAAUAGACGGAAAGAGAUACCAGAAUGCGUCCUUGGAAAUAAGACGAACAGUUACAGAAAACACUAAACUUAAUACGUGCAAUUUUACGACAACUGAAGAUAUGGACUUGAUGAAAAAGAAAAGACUUCCUUUUAUUGAAAGAUUUAAGAACCCAUGUUGGUAUGAAGGCAAAACACUCCUGUGUUUACCAUAUAUGUACCUUGUCGGGGCUGCUAAGUGUGGUACAACUGACUUGUACAAAAAGAUAUCAAAACAUCCACAUUUUGUGAAGCCAAGGACGAAAGAAAAUAACUGGUUGUGUGAUAGACGUUUUUUUGGAAAUAGUUCCUUGUCGUUCUACGCUUCAUACUUUUUCCGUAUGAUUCGUGAGAGGUUAGACAGGGAAUCUGGACCUUCCAACCUUAUCACAGGUGACGCGACGGUUUUUAAUUUACAAGGUGCGAGAAGAUGGAAGUACCUGGGACAAAAUAUUGGCAAAGACGAACCGGUGGAAAACACUGCAGACUAUCUGUAUCAUCUUAACAGCAACACCAGAAUCCUUAUCAACGUGAGAAACCCAGUUGACAGGUUAUGGUCGGAGUACCUUGAUCUCACCAGAACUCGAGAAAAAUCAGCACAACGUUUUCACGAGAUAGUUGUGAGGCAGGUACGGUUGUAUAACAACUGUCUGAAGAAACGGACACUUAGAAGCUGCAUGUACGAUAAUGACCUUAGCCAGCUUGCAAUGUUGUCUUACGAAGAAGUUGCCUUGAAACAAGAACGAUGUACUGUUAUGCCUACCGAAAUAGUGAUGUUACGUGCUGGGGUAUACCAUGUAUUUAUAAAAGAUUACCUCAAGACAUUUCCACGUGAUCAAGUGCUUAUACAAAGGCUUGAAGACAUAGCAGCCGAUACUGAGGGCUCCACACGACGGACAUAUAAAUUUUUAGGUUUCGAAAUGCUGUCGGACGAUCGAAUGAAGCAGAUUGUUACUAUGCAUAUAAUAAAUGGAAGAAAACCUGGUAACUUAGAUAAAGGACAGAUGUUUGAAUCCACAAGGCGUUUAUUGUAUGAGUUUUACAAGCCACACAACGAACAGCUGUCAGUUCUCCUAAAUGAUGCUAAAUACAACUACGGACCACGUGAUUAACAUCAAACAACACACUUUUCCGUUUAUAAAAUAUGAGAGCUAAAGAUCUAUCUAAUGACUUUUAAAACGUGACCUACUAAACAAUUCUUAAUUUGUCAAUGGAAAUCUUUAUCCAUAUUCUCUCUGUUAGUCGAACAUUCAUGUUGCAUUGCAAAUGACAAAUUAAAAUUAUAUUAUAUUGAAAUAGGUGAAAUAAUAUUUCUUUCUUUGUAUUUCUAUGUAGUAUGUUCAAAUAAGAUUUGGGGAUCUUUCGAAGCAAACAAAACCAGGUUUACUGUUUGAAAUACACUAGCGAAACAUUUUUUCACUUAUGCGUUCAUGUCACAUAGGAUGUCACACAGGAUCUUUAAGAUGAAGUGUUCUAUGUAUUAUUUAUAAGGUUUUGCAAACUAUACAAAAGGUAUCAUUGAAAGGACAUUGUUACAUUAGGGAUGGUGAAAGACAAUUUUAAGUCCUUGGCAU